UAGCGGCCGGGGGGAAAGCGGCCACCCCCGGAGCCCCUCGCGCUUCCGUCCCGGGGAGGCGGUGGUGGAUGGCCACGCGGGCUGGCUGCUGGGAGAGGUUGCUGGUGAAACGCCCCUGCCUUAUGAACGUCUUCCUGCGGGUUAAUAACGCUUGAUUCCCUUCGAAGUCGAUAAAAAAAUACGUGCGUUCAGAAGGCGGUCUCACCUUGGAGGCUCCGAACAGCUCCAGGCUUGCCUUGUUAAGCCCGUCCUCUGCCAGUUUCGUAACAACCAAGAUGUUUAUGUUCUGCUUCAAAGCUGAAUUGUCAAACUAAAGCCUACAGCCCGUUGUUGUCAUCAGUGCAUUCACUGGCAAGUCUUACCCUGUUGUAAACACUUGUAUUUUUCAGUUUUGGAGGAUGCCAACAGAUAACAGCAACCUGCCACACAGUACCCCAGAACAAGACCCUGUCCAUACUGCAAGCAAUAAUUACCGGAAUAAUGCUGACGAGUCUGGAAUUGAACAAGAAAAUGGCGUUUAUAACAGUGACCUGGGUGAUAGUAUUACAGUUCCCAGUUCUGCCAGCCAGUCAUCCACUUCCAUGGCUGUUCCUUUGGACGUGCCCAGGAGAGGGCAACCCCUUUUACAGAUCGACAGGCAGCAGAUCCAGUCCAUUUCACAUAGUGCACAGGCUGCUGAACUCAAAGGUUUAGGAGUUGAUGUCUAUGACCAGGAUGUAUUGGAGCAAGGAGUUCUUCAGCAAGUAGAUAAUGCAAUUAAUGAAGCUAAUAAAGCAGCAAAAGCAGCUGAUGCAGAGAAAGAAUAUCAGUCAGUGCUGGAUGACUUAAGGUCAUGUACAACAUCUCUGAAACAAAUAAAUAAAAUUAUUGACCAACUUUCACCUCAAGCAGCUGACAACAAGGAUAUAAACAGAAAACUAGAUUCUGUAAAACGGCAAAAAUACAACAAGGAGCAACAGCUAAAGAAGAUCAAAGCAAAGCAAAAGCGUCUCCAAGCAAUUCUUGGUGGAACAGAGAUUCUUGAUAAAGUACAUGAGAUUGAAUUUGAGGAAGAUGAAGAACCUGGUCCAUCAUCUCUUGGCAGUAUGCUUAUGCCUGUUCAGGAAACAGAGUGGGAAGAGCUUAUUCGUACUGGACAGAUGACUCCAUUUGGUACUAAAAUACUGCAGAAGCCAGAGAGGAAGACACGACGAUUAAUGCUAAAUGAAGCAUCUGAUUUUGAGAAGUACUUAGCAGACCAAGCUAAGCUGUCAUCUGAAAGAAAGAAGUUAUCCCUUCACAAAGGUGCAAGGAAGAAGAAAAUACAAGCCAAAAAUGUUCAGUGUAUAGCUCCCACAUCUACUACAAAGGAAAAAGCCCUGUCAAAAACAGAUAAGCGCUUAAAAAAACACAUGAGAAAACUACAGAGGCAUGCCCUUCAGAUUCAUUCAAAGGCAAAGAUUCCAAAAGAAAAGAAAUAUGUUGAGGGCAAGAAGUUCAAACAUGAAGAGGAGGAUGAUAGUGAAGAGUCUGAGCACGUGCCUAAUGAAGAGCUCUUUGAUCCAGAAGCAGCAGAAGUGGAAGAAGAGCAGGCAUCUUCUCAUGGUGAGAAUGAUUCUGAUUACGAACUCAAGAAUUUGUCUAGAAAAAGAAAAUAUUUCGUCAAGAGAGAUUUUAAAGAAGCUGAAGAUGAUACUGACUACUUUCCAAGCUCUGAGGAGGAAGAAGAGCAUACACUGGGGAAGCGCAAAGUAAAGAGAUGGAGAGAUGAUGGAGAUGAAGACUAUUACAAACAGAGACUAAGGAAAUGGCAAAAAGAAUGUUUGAAGGACAAAGAGCAUCAAACAGCUGAGGAUCUUUCUGAAGAAAGUGAUACUGAAUUUGAAGAGGGUUUUAAAGUACCAGGAUUUCUCUUCAAAAAGCUUUUUAAGUACCAGCAGACAGGUGUUAGGUGGCUCUGGGAAUUGCACUGCCAGCAGGCAGGAGGAAUUCUGGGAGAUGAGAUGGGAUUGGGCAAGACCAUCCAGAUAAUUGCCUUCUUGGCAGGUCUGAGCUACAGCAAGAUCAGGACUCGUGGUUCAAAUUACAGGUACCAAGGAUUGGGUCCAACAGUGAUUGUUUGUCCGGCUACUGUGAUGCACCAGUGGGUAAAAGAGUUCCACACUUGGUGGCCUCCAUUUAGAGUUGCCAUUCUCCAUGAAACUGGUUCUUACACUGACCAAAAGAUGAAACUAAUUCGUGAAAUUGCUUCAUGCCAUGGAAUUUUAAUUACGUCUUAUUCAUACGUUCGACUGAUGCAGGAUAACAUCCACAGCUAUGACUGGCAUUAUGUGAUUCUGGAUGAGGGUCACAAAAUCCGAAAUCCAAAUGCCGCAGUCACACUUGCAUGCAAGCAGUUCCGGACGCCCCAUCGACUCAUCUUGUCUGGCUCCCCUAUGCAAAAUAAUCUAAAGGAGCUGUGGUCCCUCUUUGACUUUAUAUUCCCAGGGAAACUGGGAACACUACCUGUGUUCAUGGAGCAAUUUUCUGUUCCUAUAACCAUGGGAGGAUAUUCCAAUGCUUCCCCUGUCCAGGUAAAAACUGCAUACAAAUGUGCCUGUGUGUUACGGGAUACCAUAAACCCCUACUUGCUGCGACGAAUGAAGGCUGAUGUGAAAAUGAGCCUUUCACUUCCAGAUAAAAAUGAACAGGUCCUCUUUUGCCGUCUGACAGAUGAGCAACGUCAAAUCUAUCAAAAUUUCAUCAACUCUAAAGAAGUUUACCAGAUUCUCAAUGGAGACAUGCAGAUUUUCUCAGGACUAGUAGCUUUGAGAAAGAUUUGCAACCACCCUGACCUCUUCUCUGGUGGUCCCAAGAUUUUGAAGGGUGUACCAGAUUCUGAAGUGGAGGAAGCAGAUCAGUUUGGAUAUUGGAAACGUUCUGGAAAAAUGAUAGUGGUAGAAUCCUUGCUGAAAAUAUGGCACAAGCAAGGCCACAGAGUGUUGAUUUUUAGUCAGUCGAGACAGAUGCUGCAGAUACUUGAAGUCUUUGUGAGAGAGAGAAACUAUUCCUACCUCAGGAUGGAUGGCACCACAACGAUAGCUUCCAGGCAGCCCCUUAUAACAAGAUAUAAUGAGGACGAAUCUAUAUUUGUUUUUCUUCUAACAACUCGUGUUGGUGGCAUUGGAGUUAACUUGACUGGUGCCGACCGGGUUAUUAUUUACGAUCCUGACUGGAAUCCCAGUACAGACACACAGGCUCGGGAACGUGCUUGGAGAAUAGGCCAAAAGAAACAGGUGACUGUGUAUAGGCUCCUCACCGCAGGUACUAUUGAAGAGAAGAUAUACCACAGACAAAUCUUCAAACAGUUUUUAACUAACAGAGUGCUGAAAGACCCUAAGCAGAGGCGCUUUUUCAAAUCCAAUGACCUUUAUGAACUUUUUACUCUGAGCAGCCCAGAUGUGUCUCAGGGAACAGAAACAAGUGCCAUUUUUGCAGGUACUGGUUCAGAUGUUCAACUCACAAAACAUCAGUUGAAACGGAAACUUGAAAAGCCACCUGAUAAUGGCGCUUCUAAAGGUGAUCUCCAUCUCGCGGAAAGCAGCUCACCAAAGUACAGCAAGUCAUCCAGUUCCUGCUCAACCACCCACAUGACAAAUAAAGCAAUAGACACAAGCAAGGAAACCAAAGGAAAUUUUGAAGCCUUUGAUCAAGAUAGCUAUGCAAAAGAUAAUGCACAAGCUGCUACUAAUAUAAACUUAUUGAAUAAAAGCAAGGAGGAGGGCUUGGAAAGAGCUGACAAAUCUGUGUCCCAGUCAUUGCCAGGUGAUGCAAGGUCUUCAGAGAAUGCCAAAUGUCUGAAUGCUGUGGUGGCUGAUGAGGUACCUGGAGCAGCUAAUGCAAAUGUCAAGGGAGAUUUUAGCCUUACUUGUGGUGCUGGUGGCUCAUGGGAAGAGCAGGCUGCUAAAACUCAAGAUGGGCAGUUAGAUAAUAAUCAUUAUAAGUGCACCUCAAAAACAAAGCACAGAGUAGACGUGCUGUCACAUGAGAGCCACAAAAAUAAGUCAAAGAAGAAACAUCACAAAGAUGCCAAGUUUGAAGGGGAGCGCAUCCCUCAUCUAGUGAAACAAAAGCAAUACAGAAGGGAGAACAGCGAAGAGAAGGAGGAAGACUCAAAAAAAAAUGAUGAUUACGUCUUGGAGAAACUUUUCAAAAAAUCAGGGGUACACAGUGUCAUGAAGCAUGAUGCCAUUAUGGAAGCUUCCAGUGCAGAUCAUGUGCUGGUGGAAGCAGAAGCAAACAGGGUGGCCCAGGAUGCUUUAAGAGCUUUAAAAGUCUCUCGACAGCGAUGUUUAGGAGCUACCUCUGGUGUGCCAACCUGGACGGGCAUGAAUGGUCUUUCAGGUGCACCAUCAGGAGUAAAGAGUCGGUUUGGUCAAAAAAGAAACUCUAUGCUGCUUUCUUCGCAUUCCACUUGUGCAUCACCUGUGAACAAGUGCAAGGAUGCAGAUACCAUAAAGAAAGAAAAUGUAAAGAAAUGCAAUUCCAAUGGGCAUUUUGUUGGAAAAUCUGGAGAAUCAUCAUCCAGUGCACUAGACUCUUCAUCUUUACUAGCUAAGAUGAGGGCAAGAAACCACCUUAUUUUACCGCAACAAGCAGGUAUUGAGGGAGAUGAGGAUGUUCAGCAAACACCUGCCCCAGCCCCAUGCUCAACAGAAUACGAUGAACUGCUCGUGGAUAUGCGUAACUUCAUAGCAUUCCAGGCCCGUGUGGAUGGUGAAGCUAGCACUCAGGAGCUACUGCACGAAUUUGAGACCAAACUGCCUGUGGAGCAGUCCUGUGUCUUCAGAGAACUUCUCCGUAAUCUCUGUACCUUCCAUAGAAGCCCGAAUGGUGAAGGUGUCUGGAGGCUGAAGCCAGAAUUCCGCUGACCUUUGUCAAGGGAAGGCAUCUGUCUGCAGUCAGCCACCACUCUCCUUUGAAAGACUUAGUUUGUUUUUUAAAAUGAGGAAUUAUUUCAUAUUCAUGAUUUAAUAAUUGAGCAGUUGGUGGUGCAGCGCUUGUUGCAGACUCAGAACUAACCUGAUUUCUGAUUUACACUAUUUAUAUGAAAGUGCCAUCUACCUCAUAGAUGAAAUGAUACAAAAUAUCAGCACCUUUUCUUUAAAAGAAAUCAUAAUAUAAAUGGGAUGAAGAACACCUACUGACAUUUUAUUGCAAUAAGAACCAUGGAUGUUGCUGUGGGUUGUAAGAUUUUUGUUUGAUUUCUGUGAAAUUCCAAGAAUUUCUUCCUCAAUUUUCUGUAUGUUACUUGAAUGGUCACGGGGCACACAGAGUACCAUUAAAAAAAAAAAGAUACAGUAGUCAGUGUGAGAUUCACUUGUACCAAGAAGUACAUCAAAAUCAUUGCAUGACACUUUCAUCAGUAGUGAGAAUUUUAUUUUAAUGUUAGUACUUUCAUUGUUGUCAGUUGCAUCACUAAUUAACUUGGAAAAUAAUGCUUCUGCUGUGGAGGCUUAAUCACAAAAAUUGGAAAACCUGGCAUGAUAUUACAUGACUGACAGUUAAUAAUUAUGGAAAACUUAUUAUGUUACAGAAAACCCAUUUGCACCAUAGUUGUCAAUUUGGUUACAGUCCCAUACACCACUGAUAACUGCUUGGUACAAUAUUUCUUACCACUGAGGUGAUAAAACCUGUUAUGUUUGUCACAGGUUAUGGACUGAUAAUUGAAAUCCCAUGAAAUGUUCAUGGGUCUCACUGUAAUUGAUGUCAAAAACUUUCCAGUUCCCUGGUAGCACUUAAAAUUUUAUACCUUGACGAAGACUGAGGUAUUAGUUGGUCAGAAGGGGAAUGGUUUUACUGUAUUUUACUAAACAUAAUCACUUUGGGCCAGAGAUAUAAUUGGAGUGUGUACAGAAGUUACAGCUUAGAGCUAUUCUGUAGACAGGGAAAACUUUACUCUUCCUGACAGUAACACAAGUUCUAGUAGCUAUUUUCUUCUACGGAAGGAAGAAAGGACUGGAUUAUUUGUAGCAAACCCAAAUACUACAUUGGGCCUGUGUUCAAGGCACUAAUGUGUGCUACGUAAGGAAAUCUUAAAGGAGGGGGAGCUGGAACUGAUAAAUUUUAAGAAGAAAGCCAUAUUCUUGCAGCAACAUUAAAUUACUGCAUGGCUUAAACUAGGAACAGUUAAAUAUGUCCUUCCUAUCCCUAAACUAUUGAAAAUAGAGAAGAUCGAGCUGUUUUGAGGGUUUUUGUUCAGUGCAAGAGUAUCUUGCUUAAUUCAAGUGAAAGUACAGAUACGGAAAGAUGAGUGGUGAAGCCAGAAUAUAAACUGUUACUUCAUUCUCAUAAAGUUUACCAUACUUCCGGUGGCUUUUCCUCUUGGUUUUUGCUCAGUGCUAAAGGAUCUGUAGAGAUUUGCAAAACGUGGUGCCUCACCAUUUCAAUAUGUGCUCAAUUGGCUUUCCACAGACUGGAGCCUGGUAGGGCAGACAGUCAAAGAAUCUGUUUCUUUUCCUCGUGGCAUUUGAAGAUGGGACUCUUGCACCUUUUCCUGUCAUCUCUUUUUCUGAUCCCUUUUAUAUUCACCUACAUUCCCUCUUUCAGGAGAAAGACGAAACCAAAAAUCUAGGCUGCAAUUGCAAAAUACUUCAAAAAUUGUAGAUCUAUUGAUAUGACUUAAACUGGGUCAGUAAAAGAGUAAUAAACCAAUUUUGCUGUUCUUUAUGAAGCUAUAGGGAAUUUUAAUUGAUUUUGGGUGUCAUGCUCCCACACGUUGCUAUGCCCCGGGAACAAACCAGGAAUUCAGCUGUCUGCAAAGCUCCUGUUGUCACCUUAGCGGUCGGUUCUAAUGUCCUGUUUUAAAGACAUAGUUCCUGUACUUAAAGUCUGCAGUUUCUCGAUGAUCUAUUAAUGUAAAUGAGCUUGCAUGUACUUUUAUAAAUCCUUUGCUUUCAUGGACUUAUUAAAAAAGC